UUCGAUGCUCGCAGUUUACUCAGUUUCGUCCUCAACCAUCAUCUCUUGUUCCAAUUCAUCACCUCCCAGUUUCGCUGCGAGUUUUUUCACUCUCGUUUCCAGGGUCGCGGUCUAUAAGGUUUCCUAUUUGUCUUGAUUCUGUUUCUCGACGUAAGAGCUAUUGUUUUUGCUUUCGAUUUGAAAUUUUUAGGUUCUCUUCCUCUCUACUUCUGUUUUUUCUCCGGUGACUAUGAUGUGUUGGUUGAUCGACAGUUAGAAGCUCAAGGUUUUUAGUGAGCAGAUGUUUAUUCGAUCAAUCUGCUGAGCCGGGUCCCAACGUCGUUGCUGAACCUGAUGAGGAAUGCGUCUCGUGCCUAGGGUAGAGUUCUAACAAUUCAGAGGGAAAGAAAAGGGCUGCAGGCAGGAGAGGCUGGAUAUUUAUAUGAGAUUAUCGUGAAACAUCCGGUUAAGUUUAAAAAGCUUAAUCAUGCUGUGUCUAUGCUCAACUGGAAAUCUGCUUACAUGCAUUGGUAUUGUUACUGAUUAGUUGAACUCCCCAACUUUGGAGUUGUUGAUGACAGGGUUCUUUUGGUGUUGGGGUGACCUUCAGUUCCGAGAAUCUUAAUAGGCAAUCAGAAUCUUGAUAAAGGACUAUAGAUUGGCUAUAGCAAAAGUGGUUAUCAAGAGGGAUCAAUUUGAGUUAUCUUGGUAUCAUUAAAGAGUAUUUUGCCCAAAAUGAAGAAUGUUCAUUUAUAUCCUAUUUCAGAAUUCUAAAUCUAUUGUGACGAUGUUGAAGGAAGCAAAUUCUCUUCUGCCUCAUGUAGUUCUUGCUAGUACAUUAUUGGCUCUUGCCUAUCCACCUUCCUUCACAUGGUUUACCAGCAGGUACUACGCCCCUGCACUAGGGUUUUUGAUGUUUGCGGUUGGGAUCAAUUCUAGUGAAAAUGAUUUCCUUGAAGCAUUCCAGAGACCUGCUGCUAUUUUUGUUGGCUAUUUUGGUCAAUUUGCUGUGAAGCCUCUGCUUGGGUAUAUUUUUGGCACUAUUGCAGUAACACUUUUUGGUCUUCCCACUCCUAUAGGUGCAGGGAUUAUGUUGGUAUCUUGCGUUAGUGGUGCGCAGCUAUCAAAUUAUGCAACCUUCCUUACAGACCCAUCUUUGGCACCUCUUAGCAUCGUUAUGACAUCAAUGUCAACUGCUACUGCUGUUUUUGUCACACCAUUAUUAUCGCUCCUACUUAUAGGAAAAAGGCUACCUGUUGAUGUAAAGGGUAUGAUUUCCAGCAUUCUGCAGAUUGUAAUUGCCCCCAUUGCUGGAGGCUUACUUCUGAAUAGGUUGUUUCCCCGGCUGUCUAAUGCUAUUCGGCCAUUUUUGCCGCCACUUUCAGUACUUGAUACAGCUCUCUGUGUUGGAGCUCCACUCGCCAUAAACAUAGAAUCUGUUAUGUCUCCAUUUGGAGCAAGUAUUUUGUUCCUCAUCGUUGCAUUCCAUUUGUCAGCAUUUAUUGCUGGAUAUCUCCUGGCUGGUUCUGUAUUCCACGAGGCACCUGAUGUAAAAGCAUUGCAAAGAACUCUAUCCUUUGAAACAGGAAUGCAGAGCAGUCUUCUGGCCCUUGCUCUGGCUAAUAGGUUUUUCCAGGAUCCCCUUGUGGGUGUCCCGCCAGCAAUAUCUACUGUGAUCAUGUCUUUGAUGGGCUUCUCCCUUGUCAUGGUUUGGGCAAAGAACAAAAAAAUAAAAGCACAAUAGAAGAGCUCCAUGUCAAGGGAUUACCCUUGCGUGACUGCGUAUACAUUUGAGCAAUGUGGGCGUGUAGAAGGGUGCCUCACCAGUGUCAUCUGUAAAUGGAUUGAAGUUACAGCUUUCUUAUUUAACACGUUUUAAUCUUAUCAAUUGUUACUGAGUCCGAACAUGCACAACAAAUAAUUUCUUCUUUUUUUUUUUAGCAUUCGUAGAUCAAUAAGUAUAUCAUUAUUGCA